UGUGGCGCGAGUAGUCAACUUUGCAUUUUCUUGUCCAACCAUCUUUUACCUUCAAAACUGCUUUUAUUAUCCCCAUUUUCUGCAUCAUUAAAGCCAAUUUCUUGUCAACAGCGUCGAGGAAAUCUUAGUUUAAAAGGUACAUAGUACCAGUAAGUGGUACUUUCAGGGGGCGAUGGCAUCUGGUGGUGGGUCUCCAGGUGGAAGGGAUAGAAAGGUACCAAAGAUGUCUUCCCAAUCUGAACUGCGUACAAAGAAAAGACCAGUUCCAAGGUUCAAUACCAGUUUUGAUACCGAACUUAGUUUGAACACUGAGUUGAGAAGAGCAGAAGACAGCAUGAAUUACAGAUCUCUACCUAAUAAUCUGGGGUGGUCUUUGGGAGCAAAUGGUUAUAUGCCAGAAAGAGGUACCAGCAGUGGUGGUCAAAGAAAAAGCAAACAUUUUGAACAGGUUAAACUCCAAGAAAYUACAGCCAGUCCUGAAUCACCCCAGCCAGUUGAAUUCAAAAGAAAGAAACAUCAUACUCCUGCAACGAUACCUCGUACAAAGCUACCUGCAGGCACCCCUGUUGCUGAACGACUUGCACUGGAAAGACUCCGGCAACAUCUUGCUUUUGGAGAAGAUGAGCUACCUAGUCGAGGCCCCAGUACAAGGGGUUCACAAGAUGUUGUGACACUGCCAAGCCAAAGCUCUGCAGCUAAUAAUGAGCGAGCCCAGCUGUUAGCAAGACCAGGGGGUACCUUCCAGAUCCCUGUGAGGGAAACUAAUGAGACAGAUACCACUCUUGCUGUUGGUGGUGCUGAUGAAAGUGCUGGUGAACAGGUUGAUACAUCUAAAAUCCUUGAAAGGCUAAAACAAGUCAGGGACUUCCUCAAACAAGCAACUACAAUGUUUGUAUCUAUGAGCACAGGGGGAUCUGACGAACAGAGAACUAGAGAUUUUGAGCAAGCAGCAAAACUAGCCAGGCUAAUCAAACAUCUUAAGAAACAAGAGAGGGCUUAUACUAGCCUCUUGCAGAGAUCAAUAGCUGUAGAAGAUGACUCAGCUACAGAAAACACUCCUUCCUUAAGUCUACAUUCAUUUUCUGAAGAUGAGAAGAGUGAAACUCAUUCUGCACGUGAUGAAGAACUUCAAGGAUUACGACAGCAGCAUGAAUUACUCCAGAAAAUGCUUCAACAGCAAAAGCAACUCAAAGAACUGCAAACAAGACAAGCUGCUUUACUUAAUCUACAACGUGAUGCUGAACAAAGACUUGCUGAAGCUGAAGAAGAGGAUGAACAGACAGCUGAAGGAAUGGAGGAGGAUGCCAUUGGAGGUGGUGGAUAUGAUACCACUAGUGGUAGGAGCAGGAGUGGUACAGAAGCAUCAGCGGCCACGGCUGAGGGAAGUACUGAUGAUUGGGGAUUUACACCAGAGCAAUUUGCUCUACAUAACUUUAUGCAAAGAACUAAUGAAAAGUUUAGGGCUGAUGGUGACAAAGACAGGGAUGAGGGAAACCAAAGAAGAAGAAAGAAAAAUCAACAGGUUGUUAGGGCUGAACAUGGUCCAAGUAUGGAUCUUCAGUCUUCUUCUGAUGUUCAACCUGACAAUGAGGAAGCAGCCUUGGCAAUUGCCGAUGCAGCACAAGAGAGACUGGAGCUUGAAAAUAAGCUCAUGGCACUUCAGGCCAAGAAAGAACAAAUGGAUUCUCUUCUAAGAGAGCUACAACAACUGAGAGAGGCCCAGCUUAGAAAAGAAGGAAGAAAGCCUCAAGGUUCAAGCAUUAAUGAAGCAAAACAGGACAAUGACGAUGAGAAGCCUCUUGCAACAACUUCUCAAAAACUAGAUGAUGACAGCAUACUGGAAGCCUUGGAAGUCCAUGAAAAACUAAAAAAACUACAAGAUGUUAGGCAACAUCUAAAACAGCUGAGAGAUAUGAUUGGCCAUUACCAGGAAUCAGCAGGGACAGGAGGUGAYCUGAACCUACAAGAUGGACCAGGUAUGUUAGCAGAAGACAGUGCCCCUGAGUCAGGAAGGGCAGAUGAAACAGAAGAAGAGAGAGGGGCAGUAGGAGGUGCUGGAUCAUCUGCUACUGGCCCAGAUAAUUCAUCAUUGGAUUGGAUAUUGAACUAUGGUAUUGAUGACCCAGAACUUGUUAGCAAGCUAAGGCAGUUGCAUGCUGCAAGAGAAAGAGUUUUACAUCUCAAGCAGACCAACCAAAUGGCUCAGUUGCCUGUUGGAACAUCAAGACUUCAUAAUGAGACAAGCAACCCCCAGCUAUCACAGAGUCAAACAGAAGAUUUGGAGACAGACGGCACAACUACUGACACAGAAAGCAAUGCUAGCCAUGCCAGUUCAAGUUUAAAUGCAUUAGCUUGGCAGGAAGAUCCUGAAUUCCAGGAAAAAAUCACCAAACUGAACUCUGCCAAAAAGAAGUUAAAGCAGUUACAGGAACUUGUAAAAAGGGUACAACAGUUUCCUGAUGGUGCACCAGUAUUGCCUACUGAACUUGCUGAGUUAAGCUUUGAUGAAGUGGAUGAUGAUGAUGAGGAUGAAGACACAGAACAGUCAAGUAGCAGCUCUGAUGAAGAACAAGAUGAAGAUGAUGAUGAACAAGCAGUUGAAAGAAACUCAGGUGUGGAAGAUGAAGAUGAAGAUGGACAGUCUUCAGACAGGAUACAAAACCUGCAGGGCAUUGUUGUGAGUGAGCAAGAGGCAGAGUAUCAACUGCGACUGCAGAAACAGAAGAAUGAGUUAGACAGACUGCUUGAAGAGCGCCGCAGACUCCUACAAAUGCAACAGCAAUUGAGUAGAUUAACACAAGAACAAAACGAAGCCCAGAAAGCCCCAGCCAUGAAUGAAAAUGGCAGCCGUGCUUCAGCUGAAAUCCCAGCAAAGAAUCCCAGUAAAGCCAGAACCAGUAAUUCUGGAUCUCCAAGUCUUAUAAGAACAGAUACAUUCACAGUGAACAGGCCAAACAUACCUGUUAGACAUGUCAGUGAUAGUGCUACUCAAACUCAAUCCAUUGAACAGCCUCUAAGGACAUUAAAGUCUAAUAAAUCAUACUCUGUGGACUCUGGAGAACCUCCCCAAGGGGGGACAACAUCAAGUGCUUUGGUGUGGUCAGAACUCCGACGACAGAGAGAACUCCAUGAGGAAAAGCUAAAGAAACGUAAACACCGUCUUUUAAAUGAGAAGCGGAAGAAAGCAGGGCUUGAUGAUGUAUCAGAGGGGGGUGCAUACUCAUUACGAAGUGCAGAUGUCGAUGAAGGGUUUGGUGUUAGUAUGAUGAGUGCUGAUAUUACCACAGCCACAUGGGGUGGUUCUACACAGCCUAGUAGUACGCAGAACGAUUCAGCUGUCUCUGAAGAUGAAUCAGAAGGGGAAAAUCAAGAAGGCGAGAUUGCAGUUGAAGUUGAAGAUGACUACCCUGAUGGUAUUGUUCAGGCUGAGGAGGAAGAAGAAGAAAGAGAUGAACAAGAUACUUAUCCAGGAGGAGCAGCUGAUGUUUUUAGAAGUCGAGAAUGCGCUCCAAGAAACUAUGGCAUUGGACAAGUAUUAUUAGAGAAGAAACGAAGCAGAGGAGCAAGAAAAAAAGAACUUUCUUGGCCCAGGAUUGGUUCAGAUAGAAGUCCAAGACAAAGAUUAAGGCAACAGAACUUCACCCCAGCUGAACAGCUAAUAGAGGAACGAGAAAGAGAACAGUUUAUCCUUGAAAGAGAAGCCUGGGAACAACAGUGUGGCCAACUACAUGGGGAAGUGGCCAAGCUGACUGAUAUGUGUAAUAAUCUGCUCAGAGAUCAACAGUCUCUCAUUACAGCUCUGAUUGGACGGAAUAACCUAGGUGCUGGUCCACAGAUGACUCCUGGACCAAUGCCUGCUGCGGUAAAUGACUCCAACCCUUUCCAUCAAUACCAGCAAAAACAACAAGAAGCAUACCAAAGUCUACAAAGCUAUUUUGACAACCAGCGACACCUUUUACAACAACAACAAGUAGUCCAAACCCUAAACCAGUGCUACAUGCAGCUGAAUAACCAGCAACAGGACCUUAAUUUCUUACAGGGAAAGUUCCAACAGCUGUUUUCUUGUAAUAGCAAUCCUCCAUCAGCUGGUCCCUCGCCUCUACCACGUUAUGACAUGCCAGGAGCAUCUCCAGGAUAUCCAUUUGCUGCUGCUGCUAAUAACCUAGGACCAACAUUUUUACAACCAAAUGGAAUGCCAAGCUUCUCAUUCAGUGGUGCACCCACAACUUUUCCAUCAUUACCAGUAUUCUCUAGUGCAGGAAUAAAUACAACAUACUCUCACCCAACAGCUUCAAGACCAUCAGCAUCUAACAACUUCACUUAUUCUCCAUUCCAAACCAGUGCUACAGCAAAUGAUUCAAUAAAUCACAGAGAUAUCCCCUGGCCAGCACCUCCAUCCAGUGGACAGGCAUCAGCUAGUGCUGCAGCAGACAGUAUCCAGGUUCCAAGCUGGAUGCCUGUCUUCUCAGAUGCUUCCAGGUUUCCAUCUGUACAUACCCAGACGGAACACACAGCUAAUCCAGAAACUGGUGUUCCUAGUCCUAGGUUUGGCGCAUUUGGUGGUCACCUUUCUUCUCUUGCAUCCACACCAGCUGCUGGUUCUGGUGGAUUGCCCUCCUCAUCAAGAUAUAGUGCUGUUGGUACUUCUACAGAUGCAAACUUGUUAAGGAGCUAUGACCCAUCUGCUUAUGCAGAAGCCAGACCUACCCCACCAACUGAAGUAGUGGGCCGUUCGUUUCCCACACCUCUCAGAGCACAAGCAGUAGCCAACUUAGCAAACAAAGAUCGUUCUUCUCAGACUGCAAACCCAAAGCGGCCUUUGAAACGUGGCUUUGACUCAGUUGAAACGUCUUCUCAGACUUCUAGCUUACCAGGAGAUGCACACGAUCCUUCUAAAAGGGCAUCUCAAGAUAUUGAUCGGGCAUCUGAUGCUGGCAGUGAGUUCUCCUUGUUUGAAGCCUUGAGGGAUUCCAUCUACUCUGAAGUGGCUACGUUGAUAUCUCUUAAUGAAUCAAGACCACACUUCCUGAUCGAACUAUUCCGUGAACUUCAGCUACUUACAUCUGACUACCUCCGUCAGCGAGCCUUAUAUGCAUUACGUGACAUUGUCACAAGGUUCCUUACAGAAGACUCUCUCACCACAGGGAUGGUAGAUAAAACAGCUCAGCAAACUAGGUUUCAAGCAUGGGCUGGUUCGAAUUCUGAAUUGACUCCUAGUGAGACUGUAGAAACAUCAGAAGAUGAGCAGAACUGUCGAGACGAAGCAGUGUCAGCUCAAGUGGUUACAGAGGGUAUUUAUGAUUAUGUGGAGAAUGUAGAGUCUGGUAGUACCCUAUCUACACCUACAUCUAGUCAGACAGGAGAUGCGCCGUUUGCUUCAGAAGGUCUUGGUGAGACGGUUAUUCAUUUUGAUGAGGCAUUGCAAAAGAUGAGAGAAUAUGAGCGACUUCGUGCUGAGGGUAAGCUGCGUCAACUAGAUACCUCUGCUGGCAGUAAAGGUGAUUCCAAGGGAGCCAGUAAUAAGCAGAUGAAAGAGGACGUGACGACAAGCUCUGCUGGAGACAUGGGCAGUGACUCCUCUUUCUCUGAUGUUCAAUAUCCUCGUAUCGACACCCAAGCAUUAGAUCAUCAAAUCAAAUCCAUCAUGUCGGAGGUGAUUCCUUACUUGAAUGAACACAUGGAAGAUACCUGUACAACUGAACUGAUGGGUUAUAUACGAGGACUAGUAUUAUCCAGGAUAAGAGUCAGAGAAGAACAGGAGUUUGGAAGAUUUUUCCACAAGCAGCUUGCUUCGAUAUUACAUGACUCACUGUCAAAGUUUGAAGGACGAAAAAUGAAAGACUGUGGUGAAGAUAUGCUAGUAGAUAUGUCUGAGAUUCUGUUCAACGAACUAGCCUUCUUUCGUUUGAUGCAAGACCUCGAUGGAAGCGGCGGCACAAGAGGAAGAAGGCCAUUCUGGAGACAGGAAGUCGAGAGUGGCACAGACACUGGCACAGGACAGGAAGCAGAUAAAGAAGAUGAAGGGGAUGUUGAAGGAGCUGAUGAAGAAAAGGAUCAACAACCUGAAGAUAGUGCAACUGAAGAGACGGAGUCAACGACCCGCGAGAAGCCUGAAGAUGAUAAGGAUGAUAUUAAAGAUGAAGAGGAAGAUGAUGAUGAUGAAGAGGACAAUGAGAGUAGCGAUGAUACCUCAUCAUCUGAAGAUUCAGAUGCAGAGGAUGAGGCUGCCGCCGACGAUGAGGGUGCUGAACAAGAGGAUACACCCAUCCUGAAAGAAGAGAAAGAGGCGGAGGAAGAGGAACUCGGAAAGGAUCGAGACGACGACAUGGCAGCACAAUUUGAAGACAUGCCAGAAAGUUCCAAAGAAAACGCAUCAGAAUCGCAACAGUGUGUAAAGCUCGAACUAUCCGUGAGUGAAUCUAAACCAUUUACCAGUGCUGGCAGCGGAGAAGAAGAUGGCGAGGAGUCAUACGAUGACUUACAGUCCAAGAGAACUCUAGGAGAAUGUGAAGGAGGAACAGCGGCUGGUCGAGACAGAGGGCAAGGCAGUGAGAGUGAUGAGAGUGAUGAUAGUAAUGCACCACAAGAUGAUCAGGCACAGGCUACAGCUGCAGCAGCAGAAGCAGCGACUGCGGCAGUAACCACAGCAACAGCAGCAACACAGGGUGCCGACCAAGCUAACAGGCCUGAGCAUCUCCAGAAUGGACAGCUUACGGAAGACCAUGAUGACUUUGAAGUCAUUCUUGAUGACCUACCAACCAAGCUAACAGGAUUAACAGAGGCGGAUCUACAAGCUCGUAUAGCUGAAGAACAGAGCCGGACUGAAGGUGCUCAAGGAGUCUUGAGACAUAUUGAUGCUGAACCAGAACUAGCUGGUGAUGGAAAUGCGCUGCGUGAACCAGAGCUACCUGCAAAUCCAGCAAAUGAUUCUCAAGUAGGCGAGAAGUAAAUCCCUACCAGCCUAUUGCACAUGGAUCCGUGGCUGUAUGUAUAGUGAAUACUAUAUGGCUUCUAGAAUUCAUAUUCUAACGCGCUAUAUUUAUUGGCCUUGGAACUUCCAAGAUUUCAUCACCGACUCCAGGAUAAACCUGAAGAAACGUUGAUCCAGAAGACUGACACGUGGUGGUGUUCACAAAUCCUUGAGGAUUUUCUCCAAAUUCCUAACUUUCAGUCCUUUUUAUAUAUUCAUAUUUUAGUGUACGUACGYGUUAUUAAUUGAUAAAUCCAGUUAUUAAUUCAUUAGGAUUUCUCGAUCGUCACAGUGUGGUGUGGAUCAGUUUUUCUCUUAGGUAUCUUGUUUCUAUUGGUCGCGAGUAUAUUGGUCGCGGCUAGGAGACGACUUCUGUAUACCUUUCUAAAGAUUGCAAAGUUUGUCUGUCUGGUUGUACCUGGGUGCCUUGUCUGACUGGAUAAAAGACGUUAGGUCUAGUAAUUUGAUAGUAAUAUAUAUUGCCUGCCUAUUGAGGGCAACUCGUUUAUCGAUAGUUAAAACUUGCGCAUGCAAACAGUUACAUAGAGGAGUGAGGAUGUUAUCAAGGGUGCGAAGGCGCUUGUUUUGCAACACGCUCUAUUUUCCCUUUGGUAACGAAUAGCGCAUGUAUUUCAUACUUAUAAUAAUUACGCUAUAACCAUCUGCAUGUCCUGUAGGUUCGUCUCGUUUUUAUAAUUAUACGUCUUCUAAACAUACUUCUGAGUGGUUUUAAAACACUGCGACUCUCAAAUGGCUUUGAUAAUCGACUCGUUUGAUUGGACAGUUGGCGCUGCUUUAGUGGUUAUUGAUUGGCUGAGAGCCUAGGUGCGAUCUUCCACUACGACAUUUGCGCUGUUGGAAGCUUAAGAUUAAAGAAAGUUAUUGAAAAUCAACUUGAGGCCCGUUCAAACAUGGUAACUUAACCGAGCCAGUACGCAAUGAAAGCCUUGAAUAUUUUUUAACGAACAAUUAAGGCAUACUGGCAGGAGUUCCAUGUUUGGAUUGGGACUUUGAUUCAUAUAUUGGUCUAGUUUGUGAGAUUCUUGGCACUGUUAUAGCAGAGUGAAACUAUUUAUUAAACCCGAAUUAAGUGUAAAAAAAAAGGUAAAUAAAGGUUGAUAGUUUUACCUAAA